AUGUCGCACAGCAAGCAGUUCACGCUGUACACCCAUACCACAGGCCCCAAUGGCUGGAAGGUAGUCUUCGUGCUCGAAGAGCUCGGGCUUACGUACGAGUCCGUAUACCUCGUCUUCGACAAACUCGAGCAUAAGUCCCCCGAAUACACCCAGCUGAACCCGAAUGGCCGCAUCCCUGCCCUGGUCGACCACAAGAAUGGCGACUUCGUCAUCUGGGAGUCCGACGCCCUCCUCCUCUACCUCGUGGACAAGUAUGACACCGAGAAGCGACUGACUGUCACUGAUGAGAAGGAGAGAUACUCUGGCUCUUCUUCCAGGCAUCGGGAUAGGGGCUGUCUGAUUUAUGCGCCUCCACUCCGAGCAGGUCCCGAGCGCUAUCGAGCGUUACCGCAAGGAGGUGCUCCGUGGUUUUCCGUCCUCGAGUCGGUGCUGUCCAAGCAAGAAUGGCUCGUAGGCGGCAAACCGACCAUCGCCGACUUCUCUUUCAUCCCGUGGAACCACGUCGCAAUUCACUUCGCGGUCAAGGACUACGCCGAUGUUCAGAAGGACUAUCCGGCGCUUUCCUCAUGGCAUCAGAAGCUGGUAUCUCGCGACAGCGUGAAGAGGGUCUUUGCUAUCCAGGAAUCCCUCAACAAGCAUUGA